CACCAUCGCAUUCACAGCGGGGAGAAGCCCUACGAGUGUGRGGAGUGUGGGAAGAGCUUCACCCAAAGCUCCACGCUGAUCCGCCACCAGACCAUCCACACUGGGGAGAAGCCCUACGAGUGUGGGGAAUGUGGGAAGAGCUUCACCCACAGAUCCAGCCUGAUCCGCCACCAUCGCAUUCACACCGGGGAGCGGCCCUACGAUUGUGGGGAGUGUGGGAAGAGCUUCAGCCACAGAUCCGCCCUGAUCCAGCACCAGCGAAUCCACAGCGGGGAGAAGCCCUACGAGUGUGGGGAAUGUGGGAAGCGCUUCACCCACAUCUCCUCCCUUAUCCAGCACCAGCGAGUCCACACCGGGGAACGGCCCUACGAGUGUGGGGAGUGUGGGAAGAGGUUUCACACGAGCUCCAGUGCCCUCCUUCACGGGCGCAUUCACACCGAUGAGAGRCCCUUCCSCUGUCCCRACUGUGGGAAACGCUUCCAGCGCAACGAAUACCUCAUCACGCACCAGCGAAUCCACACCGGGGAGAGACCCUAUGAGUGUGGGGAGUGYGGGAAGAGCUUCAGUAGGAGCUCUAACCUGAUCCGCCACUACGAGACCCACACGGAUGAACAGCCAUACGAGUGUGGGRAGUGUGGGAAGCGCUUCAAACGCAGCUCUACCUUAACCAGACACCAACGGACCCACGCACCGGUGAGAGCAUCCCCGGAGUGACCCGAGAGUGGGAAGAGCUCCAAGUCCAUCCCCCUCCCAUGGGAGCCCCGCUGGGCAGAGCCCCGCUGCUCCACGGUCCCUCUCAUCCCUGUUGGGAACAACUCUGGCUGGGGACUCCACCACUUCCUGGCCUUGAUAUUCUUUCUAUUUCUCUUUGUACACUCUAAACUCCCAAUAUCAGAUAAAAAUAAAGGCUUUACACUAACACAUCGAUGGUGCCUCGGGGGAUCUUCCAGGGGAUGUGGGGGAUGCUGGGUUUGAGGGACU